AUGUUGCCACACCUCGGUCACGAAGGAUGGAAGGAACUCGGCUUGACCUCCGCAGUCGAGCGCGCAAGAAUUUUGAGUGCAGUUGCCGACUUUAGCACCGACAGCCGCGAACCCGAACAGCCGUGUGCCGCGGCUCGCGUGCCUGCAGCUAGAGCCGAGGGAAAAGGCACCUUCCUACAACGCUUCGGAAAAGCGGUGAAAUUGAUGGAUGGGUUCAUCUGGUCGGACCACAAACCCGUCUGGUUCCAGCAUCUCGAGCAGUCCGGCAAGUCCCCAGAAGAGCUGCGGGAGCUCUUCUGUAUCCAGCUUGAUUCAUACAACCUGAUGACAUUGCUUCUGCUGUCCUCCGUCGUACCGACAGCUACGGGCAUUUGUGCAGAUAUUGGCUGGGAUGAGGAUGGUUGGCCGGUGGACAAGCUCAAGUUUUUCUGCUUGAUCUUCAGCUUUAUAUACAGUGGGCUUCUUAUUCUGCAUUUUUGUAUGUCACACAUACUGCACCUCCUCGUGUCCGGAGUCAGCCCUGCAAACUACCCUGUGUUCAUGAGGGCAUGUGGCUGUGAUUUUCUGUCCGAGAUUGGCGUCGCGUACGUGGUGAUCCUGUACCUCUUCGCCCCGUGGAUGUUUUCGUGUAUGGCAAUCCUUCUUGGAAGGAGCGCUAACUGGACGAUUUGGGCGUCCUCUUUCGGAGUCGUGAUCUUGUCCUGGAUUUUCCAAGCCUCUUUCACUUUUCCGCUGCUGGGUCGACAUGAUGAUGGGUCACGUCCCAGAGUGGCAGACACUGCCUACAACAGCUCACGGCUACUGUUCGGGCUAGUUCUACAUUGUGGCCUUCUGCACCAAGACAGGGCACCUCUCGACCCGUCGCUACCGAGGGACGCAUUGCUUGAGCAAAUGGCUGAGAUUUCCCUGGAGGAGAUAGAGCACAGAGCCCGUGCUUCGGAAGACAGAUAUGACACGAUGAAAGAGGAUGGCUUUUCUGAGACGGGAUCGAACUCAUCGUAG